GGACGGACGCCCCCGCACACGCAGACGCACAGAGCUCAGCGCGGCCCCCGUCACACACACACACACACACGCACACACACACACACACACACUCACGCAGACACACGCACUCGGGCGCGCACAUCCUCCCGUCAGCCUGCCGCCCGCCCGCCGGCGCCUGGAGCCCGCUCUGGCCGGAGUGAGAGAGAGAACUGCGCUGCUGAUGACUCCGAGGGAGGGGCCCUGGACAUGUGCUGCAGUGAGAGGCUGCCGGGUCUCCCCCAGCCGGUAGGGAUUGAGGCGCUAGACAAGGCUGAAGGACUCCCGGACUCGCAGAGAGAGAUGCCACCACCCCCACCUCCUUCACGGCUCUCAGAGCCAGCUCGGAAACCACCACCUAGAGUCACCUGGAGCGACUCCUUUAUUCUCUGGAGCAGCCUGUGCCUGUUUGCUGUUUCACAUUUCCUGCUUGCCUUUGGGGUGCUCUGGUACAGUGGCUUCGGCUACAUCUGGUUGAAGAAUGCCACAAACUUCAUCUCCUCCUUCUUCACGUUCAUGGAACAGCUGGUCCUGGGACCCACAGCCUGGCUGGGUGUUGGGACCUGGGGAGUCCCCAGUCUGCUGCUGGUCUCUCUGUCUGUAGGCCUGGUCCUCAUUACCACUCUGGUGUGGCACCUCCUGAGGGCUCCUUCAGAGCCACCCACCCCACUGCCCCCUGAGGACAGGCGCCAAUCAGUGAGCCGCCAGCCCUCCUUCACCUACUCGGAGUGGAUGGAGGAGAAGGUCGAAGAUGACUUCCUGGACCUGGACCCCGUCCCUGAGACACCUGUGUUUGACUGCGUGAUGGACAUCAAGCCAGAGGCCGACCCUGCCUCGCUCACCGUCAAGUCCAUGGGUCUGCAGGAGAGGAGGGGCUCCAACGUCUCGCUGACCCUGGACAUGUGCACACCAGGCUGCAAUGAAGAGGGCUUCGGCUACAUCAUGUCACCUCGUGAGGAGUCUGCUCGCGAGUACUUGCUCAGCGCCUCCCGCAUCCUCCAAGCCAAGGAGCUUCACGAAAAGGCCCUGGAUCCCUUCCUGCUGCAGGCAGAAUUUUUCGAAAUCCCCAUGAACUUUGUGGAUCCAAAAGAAUAUGACAUCCCUGGGCUGGUGCGGAAGAACCGGUACAAAACCAUCCUUCCUAAUCCUCACAGCAGAGUGUGUCUGACCUCGCCGGACCCUGAUGACCCCCUGAUUUCCUACAUCAAUGCCAACUAUAUCCGGGGCUACGGCGGGGAGGAGAAAGUAUACAUCGCCACUCAGGGACCUAUUGUCAGCACGGUCAGUGACUUCUGGCGCAUGGUGUGGCAGGAGCAUACACCCAUCAUCGUCAUGAUUACCAACAUCGAGGAGAUGAACGAGAAGUGUACCGAGUACUGGCCAGAGGAGCAGGUGGUAUAUGAUGGUGUCGAGAUCACUGUACGGAAGGUCAUUCACACUGAAGAUUACCGGCUGCGACUCAUUUCCCUCAGGAGUGGUACCGAAGAGCGAGGCCUAAAGCAUUACUGGUUCACAUCCUGGCCUGACCAGAAGACCCCAGACCGUGCCCCCCCACUCCUGCAUCUGGUGCAGGAGGUGGAAGAGGCAGCCCAGCAGGAGGGGCCCCACUGUGCCCCCAUCAUAGUCCACUGCAGUGCAGGGAUUGGGAGGACUGGCUGCUUCAUUGCCACCAGCAUCUGCUGCCAGCAGCUGCGGCAGGAGGGUGUGGUGGACAUCCUGAAGACUACAUGCCAGCUCCGCCAGGACAGGGGCGGCAUGAUCCAGACAUGUGAGCAGUACCAGUUUGUGCACCAUGUCAUGAGCCUCUACGAGAAGCAGCUCUCCCGCCAGUCCCAAGAGUGACCACACUCCCCAUCCAAGGUCCUCUGGGCUCUGCCCAGCCUGAGUCUGGGCCCUCCCUUCCACCUCCCAGACCCAGUGCCCUGCUUCAGGCCCUGGGCCUGCUCCCUAUCUCUUCCCACCCACUUCCUUCUUCCUCUUUUCGCCUCGGCCUGGCCCCUGCCACCCAGCAUCACUCUUCCUACUGUAAAUAUUGGGAGUGGGGGGAGGGUGGGGGAGGGAUGUGCCAGGCCAGGCCUGAGGCCCUGGGGCCUGACCCACACCACAAAGACGGGGGCCUCAGUUUUUAACUAUGGCUUCAUUGCUACUUGAUCCAAAAUAUUUCUGUGCCACACACUUCAAGUGUCCUGCCACAGCCUGUUCUGUCUG